AUGGCCAACAACGAGGCAUUGAUGACCCUGGUCAAGACCGAGGUCGCAAGUCAAGUACUGCAGCUGAAGACGGACCUGGAGGCACGGUUGACUCAGAUGGAGAGCAGUGCGAAAGCCGACCUAGAGACGCGUGUUGGGUCGCUGUUCACCAGCAUCUAA